GGUCCCUUUCGCUCACCCCCUCAUCCCGGAGCAGUACAUUGGUGAUAAUUACAGACGAUACCUGUUGAACAUCAACUACACUUUGAACAUCAUCCCUGUAAACGAGCCCUAUUUCCACCCAGCCACGAUCGUGUGUGACGUUCAGGAUGUUGUCCAUCCUGAUGUCAAAGGCAUUUGUACAAACACCAGCAUUGUGUUUGAAGUGACCCCAGGCAACAUGGACUACCAGUGGGAGCUUUGCAUUGGGGAAGAGCCUCUAACCCCAGAACUGGUGGCUCGCCGAGGCUACACCAUGACCAGCCAGCCCAAGAUCAGAGUGGAGUUGCCGCUCUUUAGUAUUGGCUACAUCUAUGAGGAUAUCACUCUGAGGGGGCUUAUUGGUAAAGUGGUGUUGAUUCUCCGAGAUAUGAAGAGCCUGAAGGAGGAGGACAGGUUUGAACAGCGCUGCCCGUUCCCAACCAACGAGAUGCUGGUGUGCAUGCCUAAUGGAGUGAUGUCAGUGCUGGUGGUCCCCAUGGCUCCUGUACCGCCCGUGAAUCUUGCCAGGACCACCCUGCUGGAUCAGAACUGCAGGCCCACGGAGGCUACCUCAGACCGGGCCCUGUUCACUUUCCGGGUCAACAUCUGUGGGACCAGGAGCAAGAUUGAUAAUAACUACCUGGUCUACGAGAAUGAAGUCAUCUAUAGUCGGGAUCUGUUCCCAGCCAAUGCUCCCGUCAUCACCAGGGAUUCUGAGUACAGGCUGACUAUCCGUUGCCGGUACCCAGUGAGUGACUCCAGGAAGAUCUUUGCUGAGAGGAAGCUGGUUCCAGCCCCUGGAUCCUUCACUGCUAAAGGAGAGGGGACCCUGCAGCUCAAGUCUGCUUACUACAGUGGUGACAAGAGAAGCAGAGAUGUCUUGAAUCUGAAAGCCCGUCUUGCUAGAGAUGUGAGCUACUCCCAGUUCUACUCUGCGUUCCCUGUGUCCCAGUCUCUGCUGGAGCCCCUGUUCCUGCAGGUUGAGCUCCUGAACCCCCACAGCCUGGCUGACCGCCUCCUCCUGCAGGACUGCUGGGCCACACUGACCCCUGAACUGGACGCCAGCCCUCAAUGGGACCUGGUCACUGACGGCUGCCUGGUCACUGGAGAUUCCUACAGGACUCUGUUCCACCCAGUGCCGGCCAGGACCUCCCCCCACCUCCAGAGGCUUGAGGUCCAGGCACAGCAGUCUAGCAAGGACCCUGCCUUCUGGAGACAGGUGUAUUUCCAUUGCAUGGCUGCAGUUUGUGAUCCUAACCUGGAGGAUACCUGCAAUAAGACUUGUGUACCUGGAGAAAAGAGAUCUGCCCGUAGUGUUGAUCGGUACAGCCAGAUCCGAGGCUAUGCUUCUGCCGGGCCAGUCCAAUUGGUACCAGAAGGAGGAGUUGUGGACCUUAAAACAGCAGACUCCUCCCCCCUGUCCCUCUUCGUGCCGGUGCUGGGCGUGGUGGCCGCUCUCCUUGGAGUUCUGCUCGCCUUUCUUGUUGCUCUUGCUGUCAGAUCCAGAAGAUGUUAAACUUGCUCUAAUCUAAUAAAGAUGUUCAUAUGA